CUGCAGCCGCUCAACACCUUCGAGCGCCGCAUCGUCCACAUUCUCGCCAGUGAGUUCAACGUCAAGUCCAAGUCCAAGGGCGGCAAGUCCAACCGCAUGCCGGUCUUGACGCGCACCAAAAACACCUGCCGGCCCAAGAACAUGAAGCGCAUAAACAAGCUACUGCUUUUGUGGGACGAGGGCGGCUUGAUCCCCGAGUACUGGAGCGGCGGCAGAAAGGCCUCGUGGGACCGGGCACCGAACCCCAGGAAGGGCAAGAGCGGGUCGGCGACACCAACCAAGAAAAAGCUGGUUGGCGAGGGGGCGCCGGUCGUUGGCGAGUCUAACAUCGGCCACCAGAUGCUGAAGCAGAUGGGCUGGGCGCCGGGCCAGGGCCUGGGUGCCGGAGAGGAGGGCAGGGCGACGCCCGUCGAUGUCAUGAUCCGGACUGGGCGCCAGGGCUUGGGUGCCUGA